CACACACUCUCACAUAACACGGAAGGUGAGAGCUGAAUGAAGUUUUCUGGUUAAUGGCUUGAAAUGUUUUCCUUCUGAGAAGUGGUGUUGGGUUACAGCGUGCAGACCGAGAACUGCGAGGAGAGAAGGCGCAGCCCGGACCCCACCUUUUCUUGGGUUUGUAGGAAGGUGGACAUGGGCUCAUGGAGACAAGGCGAGUGAUCUGUUGACCUGUCUGGUGGCUGGAAUCGACCGCUCCCAGGGUGACCAAAGGGCAAUGUUUAGCAGGGCUUAGCCAGGGGCCAGCCAAGCAGGCACGGAUGCUCUGCUGUGAAAUGCCACGCAGGCAGAGACUGAAGCAGUAGGAGCUGAGCUCUCCCUUUGGACUGCUGCUUCCUGCUCUGUUCAGGGGAGGGGGCCACUUUCUGGCAACUUUGCUGCUGCUGCUGCUGCUGCUGCUGCUAUUGCUACUACGUCAGCUCCCUCUCCCCUCAAGGUAAGCAGGCUCAGAGGGAGGGCAGGCUGCGAGGGAAGCCUUUGUACCAUGAACAAGAUCCGAAAGUUUUUCCGAGGAAGUGGGCGAGUCCUGGCAUUUAUAUUUGUAGCUUCUGUCAUCUGGCUGCUCUUUGACAUGGCAGCUCUCCGCCUCUCAUUCAGUGAGAUCAACACUCGGGUCCUGAAGGAAGACAUCGUCCGGAGAGAGAGGAAAGGGUUCAGAGUUCAGCCAUACCAGGUGAAGAGCCUUGACGGCAGCGUGAAAGAGAUGAAGCCCCCCUCGAAGGGACACGGGAAGGGCGUAUGGGGCAAAGAGAACUUUAGAAAGACUGAAAAGAGUAAGCUCAAGGUUGAGGAUGAUUUGGACCAAACCCAGAAGGAAAGGAAAGUGCAGAAUGCCCCCGGAAGGGGCAAGGUUGCACCUUUGUGGCGUCCUGCAUAUCUGCAGACCCCCCCAGUGACUUUUACCAAGCGGAAGACAGAGGGGCGAGACGUCAGACCUGAAGUUUCCUCGCACGUGACACCAAAGCAAAAGACAGCCCAGGGGGCUGAGAAAACCCCAUUCAUAGCAGCAAGGGGAACUCCACUGGCCAAAAUAUCUGUACACACAGGACCUGUUGGUAUAAACCAGGAGGGCCUGAAGAGUCUUAGUCUCAGCAGUGAAACAUCAAAACAAGCAGCUGAGAGGAACCCAAAUGUGACCAUCCAUCUUAAUAUUGACAGAUCAAAGCAGCAAUUCCAGGCAGUAGCAAAUGAAAGGACCUACCCUGCCAGCCCACCAGUGCCAAAACCCAGGGAAGCCAUAGCCUUAAAUAAAACUGAGACUCAGAGCAAAGAACUAAAUGCAAAUAAACACAAAGCCAGUAAGAACCUUCCCUUUUCCAAGUUCAUUGCCAAUUCAAGUCGCUUAAAGAAGCAAUCUAUUAAUGAGACACAGUUGGGAGGCUUGCCAAAGGAUGAUGCAGCCAAAGUGGCUGAUGGGAAGAAACUCAAUUUGUCUGAAAGCCAUAUUGUGAUUAUAACCAAGGAGGAGGAGCUAAAGACAGACACCAAAGAGGUCCCCAAUUCCAAAACCAAAACUAUAUUUCCUACAGUACUGCGCAAAAGCCAAGAGGAACUCCUUGCCGGGAAGAGCAGGGAGACAUCUUUCUCUUCUCUUGCUCUCCAGGGAGCAGCAGUGUCUCAAACCAAUCAAGCCUUAGCUGGUGGGCUGGGGCCAGCAAGAAUCAAUUUAACUGCCAAAACCCAGCCUGAACAACUCAGCCAAAGUCACAGAAAAGCUCGUUCGCCUGAAGAUGGUGGAAUGCACCGUGUGUUAAGAAUUGAUGUGACACUUUCUCCAAGGGACCCCAAAGCUCCAGGUCAGUUUGGACGUCCGGUAGUUGUUCCCCAUGGAAAGGAGAAGGAGGUAGAAAGAAGAUGGAAAGAAGGAAAUUUCAACGUCUACCUCAGUGAUUUGAUCCCAGUGGACAGAGCCAUUGAAGACACAAGACCUUCUGGGUGUGCCGAGCAACUUGUACACAAUAACCUCCCAACCACCACUGUCAUCAUGUGCUUUGUGGAUGAGGUGUGGUCCACUCUCCUGAGGUCUGUUCAUAGUGUCCUCAACCGCUCUCCUCCGCACCUCAUUAAGGAGAUUCUGCUGGUGGAUGACUUCAGCACCAAAGACUACCUGAAAGAUAACUUGGAUAAAUACAUGUCUCAGUUUCCAAAAGUUCGGAUUCUUCACCUCAAAGAGAGACAUGGCUUAAUAAGAGCCAGGCUGGCAGGGGCACAGAACGCAACAGGUGACGUGUUGACAUUCUUAGAUUCUCACGUGGAAUGUAACGUUGGUUGGUUGGAACCUCUUCUGGAAAGGGUUUAUUUAAGUAGAAAGAAGGUAGCCUGUCCAGUAAUUGAAGUCAUCAAUGAUAAGGAUAUGAGUUACAUGACAGUGGACAACUUUCAAAGAGGCAUCUUUGUGUGGCCAAUGAACUUUGGUUGGAGAACAAUUCCUCCAGACGUUGUUGCAAAAAACAAAAUUAAAGAAACUGAUAUAAUAAGAUGCCCCGUCAUGGCAGGUGGAUUAUUUUCUAUUGAUAAAAAAUACUUUUUUGAACUUGGAACAUACGAUCCUGGGCUCGAUGUUUGGGGUGGAGAAAAUAUGGAGCUCUCUUUCAAGGUGUGGAUGUGUGGUGGCGAAAUUGAGAUCAUUCCCUGUUCCCGAGUGGGCCACAUAUUCCGAAAUGACAAUCCAUAUUCCUUCCCCAAAGACCGGAUGAAGACAGUGGAACGGAACUUGGUGAGGGUGGCUGAGGUCUGGCUUGAUGAGUACAAGGACCUCUUCUACGGCCAUGGAGAUCACCUCAUAGACCAAGGGUUAGAUGUCGGAAACCUCACUCAACAACGGGAACUUCGAAAGAAACUAAAAUGCAAAAGCUUCAAGUGGUACUUGGAGAAUGUUUUUCCAGACUUGAAGGCUCCCAUAGUGAGGGCAAGUGGUGUGCUUAUUAAUGAGGCCUUGGGUAAAUGCAUUUCCAGCAAAAACACCACAGCCAUUCUGGAAGACUGUGAUGGGAGCAGCAAGCUUCAACAAUUUAAUUACACCUGGUUAAGACUUAUUAAACAAGGAGAAUGGUGUUUAGCUCCCUUCCCUGAUAACGGAGCCCUGAGGCUGCACCCUUGUGAUAACAGAAACAAAGGGCUAAAAUGGCUGCAUAAAUCAACAUCCGUCUUUCAUCCAGAGCUGGUGAAUCACAUUGUUUUUGGAAACUAUCACCAGUUGUUAUGCUUAGAAGGAAAUUUCUCUCAGAAGACCCUGAAAGUUGCUGCUUGUGACCCAGUGAAGCCAUAUCAAAAGUGGAAAUUUGAAAAAUAUUAUGAAGACUGAAGAGGAACUGCUGUCUUUAUCUAGUAAAUCUAUUAGACACUGUGACUAUGAACUUGGUGACUAUUUCUCCAUGCUAGUUCAAAUUUUUCAAAAUUAAUAACAUUUGAAUGGGAGGUUUUUUAAAAAUCACAAUAUUUGAGAUGCCAAAAGUUAACUCAGGGAAACAGCCCAACAUUAGAUUGGAGUCCUUCUUCAGCACUAGAUGGGCCUUUGAAUUGCCUGCUUUCCACCCUGUUCUGGAACAAAGCCUUCAAGUUUCCACAUGCUAUCUAACAGGUAACUGGAAAAGAAGACGGAAGUACUUGGAGAAGCACAAUGAUACCCAUGAAGGCUGAGUUUGAUCAUAACCAGCUCUUUUGGUCCACAAGUAGGUAUAAUCAGUGAGAACCUGAUCCUUUAUUUGCUGUUUUUUCAUCAAAAAAAAUAAAAGAAAAUUACUUGAGUUCCUAGGCUAAAAGACCUCAGAAACACACAGCUUUCACCUUGGUGAAAUCCCUCCCAACUACAUGCAUGUUUACCUAACAGUUUGAAAUAGUAUUGAUAUAAUACUCCUUGAUGGCAGGGUUUUGAUCUAGAUGACUGUAUAAUGUUUUUCCCAAUCUGAGUCAGUGGAAAAACUUUAAGUGAGGAAGUCACAUGCUUAUUCAAUUCUAGACAUGGAUGUUGUUUCCAUUCAUUCUGUGCUUUUAAAUUGCACUUUAAAAAAUGGCCAUACUAGACUCAUACUAACUUCUAGACUCAUGUGGAUAUUAAAAAAGAAAGAAAAAAUGCAAAGGAAUAGAUGCUGGGUCACAGCACACCGCAGUAACCAAAAAUACAUUUAAUCAUUGAACCUACUCUAAUGUAGGACCAAAUAAGAGGAGUUGAAAUGAAUAAAGCAGAAAUAGAGCACGGAAAAAUAUUAAAGUUCUUUUAUGUGAAAAUACUACUUUAGAUUCAGCAGUAUUCACAGGGAUGAAGAAUGCUAAAAAUGGGCUCUAAAAGAUUUCAAGGUAGAAAUAAAGUGAGGGAAACAAAGAAAGGGAAAGAGAAUGAGCUAAAAACAGUUAGGAAGAGAGUUAAGAAAAAAUUGUCCGAGACUUGUCCAAAAACGGAAGGGGAUUUGGCACCUCUAUGGGGGGGGGGCGGGGAGAAAAGAAUAAAGUCCUAGAUGUGGACCUAAAGAUAACACUGAUAAAUUUGGGGAAAAUUCCAAUAUUUCUUUGAUCCAAAUUGAGCACAUAAUCUUAGGUAUGACAAUACUUAGGCAUACUGGCAGAUAUCUUAGAAAUCCUAAUAUCCUUUGCAUUCAUUUUGGUAAGGCAGAUGGCCUGUCCAAAAAUCCCAGGCCAGUUAGUGAGAGAAUCAGGAUUAGAAUUUGGAUCUCCAGAGACAGGGCCAGUAGCUUAACCAAAUCUCCUCCACAACAUUCUUAAGAAAGAUAUACAUAAUUUUUUUUUUGUUAGAGUUGGGUCUCUGGAGGUCAAUCAUGCUAUAUUCUUGUUAAUAUUAAAAUAAAAAAACAAACAAACCUGUGCUGUUGAGCUGAUGGUAAAACUGGGCAUCUUUAGUUCUGAUUUCCUGUUAAAAUUUUAACUCCCAAUUAAUUACACAAAAGCAAAACAAUAACUAAGAGUUGGAAGGGGAAAUAGUUUUACGUAUUUGCAACAUAUUUAAGAUGUUUUAUGUAAAUAAUUGACAUUGCAGAUGAGAAAAGAAAAUGACUAGAAAAUGAGAUAAUUAUUUUCAAAACAGAGCCAUGUGAGGGAUAAAACACAAGUCAGUUGCCAAAGGACUAACUGAGUUGCUGACCAAACUAAAUAUGCUGGAUGCCUCAUGCAAUGCUUUGUGUGAAUGAAAAAUGUUGAAACGUUUUCUGCCAGUCUAAAGAAUCUCUUUUUAUUCAAAAAGAGUUUCCACCAAAAAUGUCAACUCUGUUCACGAAAAGAUGAAUUAUGUUUUCGAUACAUUUACCUUUGGGUAUACCAGCUGAAGAAAUUUGAAUGUUUUUGCUCAAAAGAACCUUCUGUGGUCUGUUCAGUGUAUGCUCUUCCUGGCUUUACCUUGACAUACUUAUUAUGUGAAGCUAUAUUUGGAUCCAUAUUGUCAAUAAAACAAAGAACUGUUUUCAUACAUCACAUAUUUGUUCUUGGGUAGAAUUUUAAAAACAGCUUUUACCAUGUUUUUGCUCAACUACUCUUAGAAGCAAGGAACUAAGCAGUAGUUAGGAAUCUUAUGGACCUAACUGUAAGAGUAUUGACUAAUUGUGAAAUCUACUACCAACAUUCUUUUAAACAUUGCCCUCUAAUUUUUGUUUUCAGAAGACCUUUAUA